ACGCAGGCGCGAAACUUGAUACGCACGACUAAAAUCGAUACACACUUCUGAUUUGCUCGUUCAGCUUGCCUAUCCUGGCCUCCUCGCACAAUGGUUUAUUGUGGGAAGGCUUCCCAGGGUUGCCAAAAUUGUCGAACCCGGCGUAUAAAGUGCGAUAAAAAACGACCAGAAUGCUCCCAAUGCAUUCGAGUGGGCAAGAAAUGCCCGGGUUAUCGAGACCAGCUAUCGCUUAUGUUCCGAGAUGAGAGUAGUAAGGUUAUACAAAAAGCACACGCUCAAUGGGGCUCUUCGGGGUCUCCUACCGAUGUACCCGGAGGUUCGUCGUUAGCCUCAUCCUCAUCUUCUACUUCCACAUGGACACAGGAGUCGCCAGCGUCUACCUCUACCUCUGAUAGCCCACCGGCGGAUACUCCCGUCGCGCCGCGCGACGUUGCGCCUGUGCGGAUACCGAGAAAGGUAGACCUGAACGUGGAUCAACAAGGAAUGCAAUUCUAUAUCAAUCGUUAUCUCAUGAAUCAUCCGGACUCCCCUAAAACACGAGACCAGGUAGCAGAGUAUUUCUCGAGCGCGGAUGCCGCUCAAAACGUUAUGGUAGCUGUAGGUCUCGCUGGCAUGUCAAAUCUGCUGGGAAACAAGAACAUGAACCUUCUUGCCCGGUCGAAAUACGUUGCGGCUUUGAAACAAACUGGGCAACUGAUAGCUAGUAAUAACCCUACCGGCCUCAUAGCUCGUCUUCGGAGCGUCGUGACACUCGCUUUAUUUGAGGUUGUUCAGGGCAAAGGACCUAAAGGGACAGUGGGUUCUGCAAGUACACACAUAAAUGGCGCGGUGGCUGUAUUGCGAUCUGUACUGCCUCUCCCGCAUGCCCCUAAUGGCGGCGCCCAUGGCGUCUUACAGUUAUUGUUUUCAUCGUUUAUCCCGUAUUACAUGAUGGAAUCGCCUCUGCCACCCACUUUCUUCGAGACCCUUGAGUUCUGCAAGCAGCUGAUGCAGGAUGUCCCGGAGGGCUGUUCCGUUGAUUUAGGGCUUGCCAUUGCUCGACUCCUCCAACUAUUAAAAAUAACCGACCACAUUAUUCUUACUGAUGAACGACCAACUACGAAUGAUCUAAUACAACAAUUCCUUCGAUUAGACGAUGUAUUUGACAGCUUAGAAAGCCGGUUAUUAGAAGCGUUCCCCUUUACGCAGAACCAGGGGGAAUAUCCGCCGCCGGCAGUUUUCCGUGGGAAGUGGCAUAAAUAUAACGAGGUCUGGGGUGCUAGGAUAUGGAACCACUACCGAUGGGCCCGCAUUCUAGGUCUGCAGAGACUCGUCAAGUUUAUGACCGACUGUCCCAUUUCAUGUAGUCGGGUCAUAUCUACAGCUCGAAGAACUAGAUGCUAUAUGACUAUUGAACGACUUGCCGAAGAUAUUCUUAUAAGUACGCCAUCGCAUUGGCACCACCCGAUGCUAAACCGAGAAGACACUCAUAAGUUUGAAGCGGGCGGGUUUGGUAAUUCUGGAGCUGUAGGAGUGCCUAGUCUUCUUUGGCAUCUCGCAGUGGCUGGAUGCGCUCCGAACGUACCGCCCGAGUAUUGGGAAUGGGCUAAUAACGUUCUACUGGUGAUUUGGAAGGAGAUGGGGAUGCAACACGCCUUCGCGCUGUCGGAACUCAUGGAAGAGCAUCGGACCAAGCUAGAUAAAGCACUUAUCAAACAAGAAGUGAAGCUCGAGGGAGAGGAUUCAUAAAACAACGCAUAGGCAUUGAACGGUUUAGAAUACUGACCUCUAGGUGGUAUAUUCGGAAAGGCAUUCGCAGGCGUGGCCGGAUCUGGGGUAUCAUUGAUCUGUUAAACGUUUGGGCAUAUUUAAGGCAGCGUUAU